CUUCCCUUUUUCUCAGACAGGCAUCCUGCACUCUGAAAGACGUUGUUCCCUCGUGAUCAAACGGACCAUUGUGGUCAAUUCCUGACAACAAUUUGCCUGCCUUCUUUAGGUACCUAUUGCUGCUUGACAGGUCAGGGAAUCACUGGGGAAACUCCGAGCCCGAGGACCCUUUAUUUUGUACAUCCCAGUGGAUAACGAAACCUCCGAGCGGGCGCCCGCCCUAAGAUACCAGCCUUUCCAUCAGGCAGGCCAUUGCUUCUCAAUUACAGACUUUUACAGACACCGACCUUCCUCGCCGCCUUCCUCCUCGCUGUCUCGUCGCCGACUGUUCAGCUAUGCGUCUUUUCCAUCGUAGCUGACGUGAGCCGACCCUUCCGAGCGACCCCCUCGCGCAGCCUCAUACCACGCGGAAUCUCCUCCUCGCCUCAACGAAGAUUCUGUCGACAGUUAAGAACAGUAGGAGAAGUCUGGAUUCUACAAACCAUCUAAGUCGGCGCCGUCGUCCUUUGACCAGAGACUAUUGAUCGCGCCCAUUGGGGGUUCAGGUUUCUGCACCAUGGCGCGGAUACAUUUUACGGCCGGAGAGAGCGACGCCUCUAAACCGGAUGUUUCCAAACCUGUGAAGAGAAUGCGCUGGGCGACAACGCGCAAACCUGGUCAAAGCGGUGUGAACAAACGGCGGUCUUUGCUGGCAAGGGUACCGAGAGUGACCCUUUCGACUUAUGAAGAAAAAGCCCCUGGCCAGGAGAACCAUGGCCAGAUCAAGGGCGACAGUCCAAUGGGCCAGGAGCAGCAGCAAGAACAGUCGCAAGGCCGCAAAAUUUAUGUCAAUCAACCUCUACCGCCUGAAGCGCUGACAGAAGACGGACAUAUCAAGGCGCAGUUUUCCAGGAACAAAAUCAGGACGUCCAAAUACACCCCUCUCAGCUUCAUACCGAAAAACUUGUGGUUUCAAUUCCACAAUAUCGCCAACGUGUACUUUUUAUUUAUCAUUAUUCUCAGUAUUUUCUCUAUCUUCGGUGCAUCCAACCCUGGACUUGGAUCGGUCCCUCUAAUCUUUAUUCUGGUCGUGACCGCGAUAAAGGAUGCGUUCGAGGAUUGGCGCAGAACGGUCCUGGACACGGAACUCAACAAUUCUCCGGUUUACCGGCUGGUAGACUGGAACAACGUCAAUUCAUCCCAGGAUGAUGUCUCUUUGUGGAGGCGAUUCAAGAAAGCAUGCACCAAAUCAGUUAUCUCUGCUUAUCGCUGGAUCAAGAGCAGCACAUCCAAGAAGCAGAAGCGCUCGGAAAAGGACCAGGAUGGCUCUGGCUUGGAGCGUCGAUCUUCGACCGCCACAAGACCAACCAUUCGAACCUCGAUCUAUUCCGAGAGAACAUCGUUUCACUCGACGCACAGCCAGGGAGACGACAUUGCCAUGACUCCGGUCCCGUCACCAGGCUACCGCGCCAGCCUGUCCCCCAACGGUCAAUUGUCCGAGCCUCCCACUAGUGGAUUUUCUUUCGAGACUGCAGAAGAAACUCAAGCGCGAGGAGAAAACGCACCCUCUGCACUACGAGUCACGGACCCUUCGAAGCGCAAAAGCCAUCUCAUGCCAGCCAAGGACUAUGGCAGUAUCAUCAAUCCUCACAAAGAAGUUCCGGACAAGGCUCGAUUCAAGAAGGAUUACUGGAAGAGUGUCCAAGUUGGAGAUUUUAUUCGUAUCUACAAUGACGAGCAGAUCCCGGCUGAUGUUGUCGUAUUGUCAACCUCUGACCCGGAUGGAGCUUGCUACAUUGAGACUAAAAAUCUGGACGGCGAGACCAACCUGAAGGUUCGUCAUGCUUUGCAAGCCGGUCGUAAGGUGAAGCAUGCAAGGGAUUGCGAAUAUGCCGAGUUCGUUAUCGAAAGUGAAGGACCCCAUCCUAAUCUGUACUCCUACAGCGCCGUCGCCAAGUGGCAGCAGUUCGAUCCCAGAAAUCCGGGCGCACCUCCCCGGGAGAUGGCUGAACCAAUUAGUAUCAACAAUCUUCUUCUCCGUGGCUGCAGCUUGAAAAAUACCGAGUGGGUUCUUGGUGUGGUCGUGUUUACUGGCCAAGAGACCAAAAUUAUGCUCAACUCCGGCAUGACUCCUAGCAAGAGGGCGCGAAUGGCCCGUGACCUGAACUGGAACGUCAUUUACAACUUCAUCGUCUUGUUCUUCAUGUGUCUGGUGUCGGGUAUUGUGCAGGGUGUGACUUGGGCCGGCGGCGGCAACACCUUGGAUUAUUUCGAGUUCGGCUCAAUUGGUGGCAGUCCCCCGCUGGAUGGAUUCAUCACGUUCUGGUCAGCUGUAAUUUUGUUCCAGAACCUGGUGCCAAUCUCCUUGUACAUCACCUUGGAAAUCGUCCGCUCCAUCCAGGCGUUCUUUAUCUGGUCUGAUGUCCACAUGUACUACGAGAAACUGGAUUAUCCAUGCACACCGAAGACUUGGAACAUUUCUGAUGACCUGGGCCAAAUCGAGUACAUUUUCUCAGACAAGACUGGAACAUUGACUCAGAACGUCAUGGAGUUCAAAAAAUGCACCAUCAACGGACGGCCAUACGGUGAAGCCUACACUGAGGCAGAAGCAGGCAUGCGUCGAAGACAAGGCGUGGAUGUCGAAGCUGAAGCUGCCCGUGUCAAUCAAGAGAUCGCCGAAGCCAGGGUUGAAACUCUGAGACAGCUGCGCAAAACCUAUGACAAUCCUUAUCUUCACGAUGAUGAACUCACCUUCGUGUCGCCCGAUUUUGUGGCUGACCUUAAUGGGAAGUCUGGCGCGGAACAAGCGCAGAUUUGCGAGCACUUCAUGAUUGCCUUGGCUCUCUGUCAUACAGUCAUCACAGAAACAACCCCGGGCGACCCGCCAAAGAUCGAAUUCAAGGCGCAAUCUCCGGAUGAGGCUGCGCUUGUUGCGACUGCGCGUGACAUGGGAUUUACCGUCCUCGGCCGUACCAAUGACGAUCUCCAUGUCAAUGUGCUGGGUGACGAUCGGACAUACCGUAUUUUGAACACCCUCGAAUUCAACUCGACGCGCAAACGGAUGAGCGCUAUCGUUCGUAUGCCGGAUGGGAAGAUCAAGCUGUUUUGCAAAGGUGCCGAUAGCAUGAUCUACUCUCGAUUGAAGCGUGGCGAACAGCAGGAACUCCGCAAAGCCACCGCCGAGAAUCUGGAGAUGUUCGCACGAGAAGGUCUCAGAACGCUUUGUGUGGCUGAGAGAGACCUUGAUGAAGAGUUUUAUCAGGAAUGGAGCAAAGACCACGACUUUGCUGCCCAGGCAUUGACCGACCGAGAAGAUCGCCUGGAAGAAGUCGCCGACCGUAUUGAACGGGAACUAUUACUCAUUGGAGGGACGGCCAUCGAAGAUCGUCUCCAAGACGGCGUCCCUGACACAAUUGCUCUUCUUGGACAAGCUGGUAUCAAGUUGUGGGUGUUGACCGGAGACAAGGUCGAGACUGCCAUAAACAUCGGGUUUUCGUGCAAUCUUCUCUCCAACGAGAUGGAUUUGAUCUUGUUCGACAUGCCGGAGGGUACUGUGCAGGAUGCUGGCGAUCUGUUGGACAAGCAUCUCGCGACAUUCGGAUUGACUGGUUCUGAUGAAGAACUGGCAAUUGCUCGAACCGUCCACGAGCCUCCAGCUCCAACUCACGCCUUGAUCAUUGACGGAGAAUCACUCAAGCUGGUGUUGCAAGACGAAUUGAGGCAGCGUUUUCUCUUGUUGUGCAAGCAAUGCAAGUCUGUACUUUGUUGCAGAGUCAGCCCUGCGCAAAAGGCUGCGGUCGUUCAACUCGUCCGGAACGGACUGGACAUCAUGGCUCUGUCCAUUGGUGACGGUGCCAAUGACAUUGCUAUGAUUCAGGAAGCCGAUGUUGGUGUUGGUAUUGCGGGAGAAGAAGGACGCCAAGCUGCCAUGUCCUCUGACUAUGCCAUCGGCCAAUUCAGAUUUCUGCAGCGUCUUGUUCUGGUACACGGCCGUUGGUCCUAUCGACGUUUGGCAGAGUCAAUUGCCAAUUUCUUCUACAAGAACUUGGUAUGGACUUUCGCGCUGUUCUGGUACCAGAUAUACAACAACUUCGACAUCUCCUAUCUGUUUGAUUAUACCUAUAUCCUUUUGGUCAACUUGGUGUUUACCUCGGUCCCUGUCGGCCUCAUGGGUAUCCUUGACCAAGAUGUCAGCGACAAGGUUUCUCUGGCGGUGCCUCAACUGUAUAGACGGGGCAUGGAACGGAAAGAAUGGACACAAACCAAAUUUUGGCUGUACAUGGCUGAUGGCCUCUAUCAAUCUGCCAUCUGCUUCUUCAUGGCCUAUCUCCUCUUCCAACCGGCAACCUUCGAGACCGAGAAUGGACGAGGUAUUGCCGACCGCACGCGUAUGGGUGUUUUCGUUGCUUGCUCGGCCAUUGUGGUGAUCAACUCCUACAUCCUUAUGAACACCUACAAAUGGGAUUGGAUCAUGCUACUGGUUGUUGCCGUCAGCUGCCUCCUCGUCUUCGCGUGGACCGGCAUCUAUUCUUCUUUCGAGGCAUCCGACCAGUUCUACAAAUCAGGCGCGCAGGUGUUUGGUUCCCUGAAUUUCUGGGCAUUAUCACUGUUGACUUUGGUCAUCUGCCUGCUUCCUCGGUUCGCCAUCAAAUUUUUCCAGAAGAACUUCAGGCCGUACGACAUUGAUGUUGUCCGUGAACAGGUCAGGCAAGGUAAAUUCAAGUAUCUGGACGAAUACGAAGCCUACGUGCCGCCCAAGGCUGUGGAUAUAUCUGCAACGUCGUCCGAGCGGCCAGAGGAGAUUCCGACGGAGAUGGAUGGGAACCGUGGUCACAAUCGCUAUCCAAGCAUGGCUGAGUCUCAACGACCCAUCGUCUACCCACCGUCCGAGGCACCCACCCGACACCCCCACAGUCAGACUGGCAGCGAUGGCACAGAUAGGACGAGGCCAUCUUUGGACAUAUCGAGAUAUGCUGGCGAGGAACACACUCCAGAAAGAGUCCGAGCCGGAAGACCUUCAUUGGAGCGAGUUCGCUCCUCGUUUGAGAGACAACGGCAGUCAUUCGACAAGCUCAGACCGAGUUUCGAACAAAGCCGAGAUUUCACGAGCGCCGCGAUGCUGAACAGAUACGAGUCUGGUUAUUCGGCGUCCAAUUAUUCGCAGCCACUGUCAGCCCAAGCCACCAGGAGGACUGAAGAUAUUGCCGAAGAACAUCGUGAUGGGCGCUGAAUCGCGGCAUGCCUGGGCCUCUCAUCUCAUGACUUCACGGCCUUUUUUAUAUUAUGAUGUGCAUGGUGUCCGAUUGUACUAGACGGGGAUGGGCACUCAGGGAACGAGUGGUUGGAAUAUGUUAGAGCGAGCCUAUCCUUUGUACAUGGUUAGAAUCUACCGCCAGCCGGGGUAAAAUGGAAGUUGACUAGAAAAGUGAACAUCCACUGAGGUUUCAGCUUUGCCAGAGUAAACAGAAAGAUUGAUCUCACUCACCG